AUGAAGGACUCGUACACAUUGCCCGCAGCAGCGGAUUUCCAUGUUCACCUACGUGAUGGAGCAAUGGCAGAGGCAGUUACGCCUACCAUCCGCCAAGGAGGUGUUGAUGUAGUAUACGUCAUGCCUAACCUGGUACCUCCUGUGACCACAGUCGGCGCCGCUCUUGCUUACAAGGAGCGCUUGCAAAAGAUAGACUCCAGCAUCAAGUAUCUGAUGACACUGUACUUGCACGAAAGUAUCACGCCCGAUGUUGUGCGAGAAGCGAAGAAGGCCGGCAUCGCCGGUAUCAAGUCCUACCCAGCAGGAGUUACCACAAACUCCUCUUCUGGCGUCAUAUCUUAUGAGCCUUUUUUCCCUGUCUUCAAGACCAUGGAGGAGGAGGGACUCGUCCUCAACCUGCACGGCGAGGUGCCGAGCGACCGCAAAGACAUCACGGUCAUGAACGCCGAGGCCUCAUUCCUGCCCACGCUCCAGGACCUGCACAGGCGCUUCCCCAAGCUGCGCAUCGUCCUCGAGCACUGCACUACCGCCGACGCCGUCAAGGCCGUGCGGUCCUGCGGCGACACCGUCGUCGGCACCAUCACGGCCCAUCACCUGUCGCUGCUUGUCGACGACUGGGCCGGCAACGCCUUCUGCUUCUGCAAGCCCGUCGCCAAGACCCCGGCCGACCGCAGGGGCCUGCUGGAGGCGGCCGUCAACAGCGGCGGCAAGUUCUUCCUGGGCACGGAUUCCGCGCCCCAUGACAUCUCGGCCAAGAAGAAUGCAAAGGCAGCUGCGGGCGUCUUCACGCAGCCUUAUGCUGUACAAUAUGUCAUGAAUGCACUCGAGGACGCGGUGGAGCGGGGCGACAUCAAGGAUGAACAGAUCACGGAAGAGUUCCUCGCGGGCUUCCUCGGCGAGUGGGGACGCCAGUUCUACGGGGUGGAGAAGAGCACGAAGAUGAUCGUGAUAAAGAAGGGCAAUGAGGUGAUAUCAUCCUCGGUCAAGGGAUCUGGAGUCGAAGUUGUGCCAUUUAGACAAGGGGAGCCUACAUGGAGUGUGGAGUGGCAGUGA